UCACCCUUUCCAUUGCUUUUUAUACCUCAAAGUUCUUCCAAGCCACAAAGAAAAAAACAACACCAAAAAAAAAAAAAUGAGUUGCUUUAAGACAAAGAGAUCCAAAAGUUUCCCCAUAGCCAAACAACCUUCACGAACACAAACACAAACACAAACACAAACACAAACACAACAAAUCAAGAACAUCAAACAUGAAGUUCUUUUACACAUUCCAUCAUGCAAAGUUCAUCUAAUGGAUGAAGGAGAAUCUAUAGAACUUUCAAAUGGAAUUUUCACAAUUUUUUCAAUAUUGGAAGAAGAUGUUUGUGUAGCUACAAUCAUAAAAGUUGGUGAUGAACUUCAAUGGCCAUUAACAAAAGAUGAACCAGUAGUAAAACUUGAUUCAUUACAUUAUUUGUUCACUUUGCUUGUUAAAAAUGGACAUCCAUUGAGUUAUGGUGUCACAUUUUCUGAAAAGGGUAGUGGAAAUCUUGGAUUAUUAGAUGCAUUCCUUAAAGAAAAUGCAUUGUUUACUUGUUCAUCAAAAUCAAUGAGGAAAAGUGAUAUUGAUUGGAAGCAAUUUGCACCAAGAAUUGAAGAUUAUAAUGAUGUUUUGGCUAAGGCAAUUGCUAAUGGUACUGGUCAAAUUGUUAAAGGGAUUUUCAAAUGUAGCAAUGCUUAUACUAAUCAGGUGCAAAAGGGAGGUGAAACUAUCUUAAUUCCAGCAGUAGAUAACUAUGGUUCUACUAUUACCAAAAAGAAAGGCAAUGCCACAAAUAAAAAUAAUUCAGUCAAUGAAAGCCUAAAACGUGUGAGGAAGCUGUCAAAAAUGACAGAAAAAAUGAGCAAAUCAAUGCUUAAUGGAGUUGGAAUUGCAACUGGAUCAGUUAUGGGGCCUAUGGUUAGGUCAGAAGCUGGCAAGAAAUUCUUAGCCAUGGUCCCUGGUGAAGUUCUAUUGGCUUCACUUGAUGCUGUCAACAAGAUAUUAGAUGCUGCUGAAGCUGCUGAAAAACAAACAUUGUCUGCAACUUCUGGUGCUGUGACUAGGAUGGUCACUAAUAGGUAUGGUGAGAAUGCAGGUGAGGCAACAGAAGAUGCACUAGCAACAGUAGGACAUUGUGCAGGAACUGCUUGGAAUGUAUUCAAAAUUAGGAAGGCACUUAAUCCUGCUUCUUCUGUCACUUCUGGUGCACUCAAUGCUGCAAAAAAUAGAAAAUAGUUACUACUAAAACAAUUAUGACCAAAUUCGCUACGACAAGCUCGAACUUUACGGGUCCCUGUUAUCCCCUGAACUAAAUUUUAGCGUAUUUUUGUCAUCUUUUUUAGCUGACGUGACAUCUUUAACGUGGACUCCAUUUUAUGUAAUAAAGGUGUCAUGUCAAUACAAAAGGGUGACAAAAAUAUGCUAAAAUUGAGUUCAAUGAAGUUGAAGUAUGUCGUAGCAACUUUGGUCACAGUUCCGAGGGUACUGGAUGAUUAUCUCUAAAACUUAUGGAGAAAAAUGAGGAUUCUAUUGGAUUGCGUACAUUUUACUCUUUUCAUAUCCUACUUAUGGGAUUAAACUAGCUAUGAUAUCAUAUGGUUGUUUACUAUAUGGAGAGGAAAAAAGUAAGUUGUUGCAACACAUUGAAGGAAUGGAAAUGACAUUGUUUUCCAA